UCCAAAACCCACACAGCAGAGGCCACAAUCACGUUGCCCGCAAACGACACAAUGAUCAUUCCCGUGCACCCGGAUGCGAAAAGCAACACUCGUCGGCGUCGCGCCAAGGGUCGCCGCACCGCUGGAAUGUCCGCUGUCAAGGCUGCACCAAGCAAGCCUAAACUACUCGUGUGCUCCUACGGAGAAUCUGGAGUGGUGAAAACUAUGGUGCCCUCUGACGGUUUGUGCGAUGUCAUCUUCUACACUGACGUCACCUACGACAACGAUGCGGAGGCUAUCGUUCCCAGGGACGGGGGCCCGGCAUUUGACGUGCUCAAGUCUGCCGCCAAGCAGUACACAAAGACGUCCUUCGGCACUUCCAUGGCUACAGGGGCAAUUGCGGACGCUGUCAAAGACAAGAAAUCCGAGCUGAUGGCUGCCAUGGGAGACAUUUUCUCCUCCAAACUGUCUCACUUUGGCAUGCUCAACGUCGAGAACAUCGAGGACUACGACAAGCUGAAGGACACCGACUUGCAGUACAUCAAGGUAGCCGAUGAGUUCCUGCAAGGCAAGCCGUCGAGUCUUACGAGCCACAGGGCUCUGGGAUUUUCGCUCCGGGAUGGAUCGAAAGGACCCAAGAUCCUUGACGCCGCUAAACAGAUUUCCAGUGACUUUCCCGAACUGACCAUUGUCAUCAUCAAGCUGCAUACCGAGAACUACGGACCCUCGGGCGACCACUGGCCUCUGGCCCCCAACCCCGACGAUGUGGACCUGUCCGAGCACAACGCGCUCUCCCUGGCUGCGAUCAAGGAAGACCUGGAGGAGCCGUUGCAGGCCAUCGCGAAGGAAGGCACGUAUGCUCUGCUAUCCUUUGCCAUGUUCGCCAGGACGUACCGCAUGAAGCAGACGUGGAGUGGCGCGGCCGCACGAGAGAUGUCCGAGAGCAGCCUCAACAUGGACUACUCGUCGGUGUGCAAAAUGAAAACUGAAAAGGACAGCGAAGAUACCGGCACCCUGUACGCCACGGACGAACACAAGAAGUUCCUUGCCCUCUUCGAUUCUGAAAACACUUUCACGGCGAAGACGAACAAUCGCCUGAACGUAAUGCCCCAGAAUUUCACCGGACUGGCAGUGUACAACGUCGAAAUGGAUGACCACAAAGGCAUCUGCGGCAAGGGCAAGUUCGUCCGUCUCAAGGCCAUCAAGGCGGCGCUUGCCGCGUGAAGCAUCAAGCCGUGCAGCCGAGGUCCCGCGGCAAAGCUGAAGCCGCCUGGACGUUCAAGCACUUUCGCCCGGCUUUGGCAGCAAAAAAAAAAAACAUUU